AUGCAGCUGUCGCUGUCGGCGCCGCCCUCGCCGCCGCAUACGCGCGGGGCUGUCGAGCCGGCAGCGUUGGCGCCCCUACUGCUCGGCCCCGCGGGCCCGGUGCUCCUGGGUCUGAUUGUCCACGCCGCCGCAGAUGGCCUGGCUGUCGGCGCCGCAGCGCUCGCGCGGGAGCCGAGCGUCGCGCUGACCGUGGCGGCGGCGAUGGUGCUCCACAAGGCGCCGGUGGCCGUCGGGCUGUCGUCGUACCUAGCGGCGUCCCGGUGGCCAUGGGCCGCGACCAACAAGGCGCUCCUCGCGUUCGCGGCCGCCUCGCCGGCCGCGGCCGCCGCGACAACCCUGCUGCUGUCCCCGGCGCCGGCGCCGAGUGGCGGCGCAGGCGCGAACGUGGCGCUCGCGUUGCUGCUGUCCGGCGGGACGGUGCUGUUUGCCGCGGCGGUGCACGUGCUGCCCGAGGCGCUCGCGGCAGCUGGGGCCGGGCACGCGCAUGCCGACGCUCACCCACGGCUGCAUGUUGGCAAGGGUGGCCCGCCCUCCGAGGCGGCAGAGCAGGCUAGUCAUGAUAUCGGCGACGAGGAGGAGCAGCGGGGUCUUUUGUCGGCGCCGUUGCAGCGCAGCGGCUCGGCCGGCGGCGGCGCAGGCGGCGCCGAGGGCGGCCGGCGAGACGUGCUGCUGUGGGUGACGGGGGGGAUGCUGGUCCCGCUGCUGCUGUCAAGUCUGAUUCAGCAUGACCACGGCCACGGCCACAGCCACGGCCACCACAACUUGUGA